UAUUUGUUAUGAAUACCUUAGGUUUUGCAUAUGCAAUAACCUCAAAAUUGCCCGGGGCAAAAAAGAGAUAUCCAUAUUGUGCCCUCUAAAUGACGUGACGUCAUUGCGUCCUUAACGACAAUGGCGAACAAUGACGGUGACGGUGCUCGUUUCGUCGCAGUGGGAGAUGGCGAAACGGGAGACUUUGUGGAACUAAUGAAAAACGCCAAUACGAGAAAAAAAACAGUAAGUGACAUUAAAAUUCUGAAGGACUGGUUAAUAAGUGUAGGAGAAUUACGCAAUCCAGAGGAUAUUCCAGUUGAAGCAAUGAAUAUGUAUCUGGCCAGAUUUUUCAUAGCAGUACGUACAAAAGAUAGAAAAGAAUAUGAGCCGGAUUCACUAAAAUGCAUACAAUCCUCGAUACACAGAUAUCUGAAUGAAAAAAGCAACAUCAGUAUAUUAAAGGACAAGGAAUUUGCACACUCUCGGGAUGUUCUAGGAGCAAAGCGUAAAGCAUUAAAAGGGAAAGGACUUGGAAAUAAAAAAAGACGUGCAGACCCCUUCACUUCUGAUGAAAUUGAUUCCUUGUUCAACAAAAAUCUGCUAGGAAUAAGUAACCCUGAGGCCUUAACAAACACAGUAUGGUUAAAUAACAGUCUCCAUUUUGGAAUGAGAAGUAGACAAGAGCAUACAGAUAUGUUAUUUGGUGAUGUAACAAUGAAAGCAACAUCUGAAGGAAAGCACUAUCUUGAAUAUUCAGAAAGAAUGACAAAAACAAGACAAGGGGAGUCUGGAAAUACAAGGUCGUUUGCACCUAAAAUGUUUGAAAACCCAGGUGACCCAAGAUGUCCUGUAAAUGCAUUUAAAGAGUUCAUGAAAAGACGGCCUGUUGAUACUUUGACACCAGACAGUAGAAUGUAUCUGUCAACACUCCACAAUAUUACCCCUGACAGCACUUUUCCACCUAUUAGAGCACUGUGGUUUAGUAAGCAACCACUUGGAAAGAACAAGCUUGGUGACCUGGCAAAAACUAUGUCUCUUAAAGCUGGUCUCACAGGCCGUAAAGUUAACCACAGUGCGAGAAAAACAACAGUUACUUCAUUAUUACAUUCUAACGUUGAAGCUACCCAGAUAAUGCAGUUGACUGGACACCGUAAUGUUCAAUCUAUAAACCAAUAUAGCUCUUCUUCUCUAGAGCAGCAAGAAAAAAUGUCAAACAUUUUAAGUGACAUCUCUUCUGGUAACCGAGGAUCUAUAGCUAAUAAACCUGGAAAUGUCUCUGAUCAGCCAAGUACAUCCACUCACAAUAUUGAACACUUAACAGAUGAUGAUUUAACAAAUGUAGAUGUCGAUGCAAUGGUUGCUUGCAUUGAAAGUUAUGAGGAGAAUUCUGCUACAAUGGCAACUAGCAACAGUGCACAACCAACAGUUAUAGAUUUAGCCCCAAUUAUGCCAAAUUCACGCGUUUGUGUAUUGCCAUAUUCUAAAAUAAGUGGAAAUGUGACAAUAAAUUUCUAUGGAGUAAAUGAUAAAAACUAAAUUUGAAAAUGUGAUAAAACUUUUGUGAUAUUUUUAAAAGAUUUACCUGUUUUGUUUCAUUAAAUUGUUAUAAUUGAACUUUUUUUCCUCUUUCCUGCAAAAUUUAAA